AUGCGCGGCUUUAACGGUCUAUAUCUGUGGUUGUUGCCAACUCUCGUUGCCGGCCGAAUCGACAGGCAAAAAAUAGUGUCCCAAUAUAAUGUCGUCCGAACGACCCUAAUCGACAAUGAGACAACACCCCUGCAGGUGGGGAAUGGGGACUUUGCAUUCAAUGUGGAUAAUACUGGGAUGCAGACAUUCCUCCCAUUUAAUACCCUAUCGAGCUGGGCAUGGCACAAUGACUCCCUACCGAGCAAUGGAGAGCAACUCGACGAUUACACCGGAGUCCCAAUGUUGACCCACGGCCGCAACGUUUCCUAUGACAUUCCCGAUCCUGACCUCCCUGAAGUGUCCCAGUGGCUGAUUGGGAAUCCGAAUCGUAUAAACCUUGGGCGCAUAGGGCUGAGAUACAAGAAUGCCACAUUGGCAGCGUCUCAUAUUACAGACCCGCGACAGGAAUUGGACCUUUGGAACGGCGUGAUAACUUCGACAUUCAAGGUCGACGGUAAACAUGUCAAGGUAGUCACACAGGGAGACUUUGACUCUGACUCGGUCGCAUUCAAUAUCGAGUCCGAGCUGGUCGAUAAUGGUGCAUUGGCUGUGGAACUGGACUUUCCGUAUCCCCCGAUUCACUCGACUGACUACAAGUACGAAGUGUUCGUUGGCGUGUACGACUUUCCUGAUAACCACACUACGUCCAUUAUUCCCACCAGGAACAAAGAUACAGCUCAUGUUUACCAUGAACUACAAGAGACAAACUACUACAUCAACCUCCGCUGGCCAUCUCACUCUCCUCUUCAACUACUCCAACCCAAGAAUGCAACAUGCCUAGCAAAGCAUCAAUACACACUUAAACCCAGAUCACGAUCAUCAACUAUAUCAUUCACAGCACUCUUCUCCCCAGAAAGGCAAAUCCCCGAGCAUCCUGCCAAAGUCCAACGCAGAAGCAGCGCAGGAUGGAACAAAUACUGGAGCAAAGGCGGCUUCGUCGAUCUCACCUCGUCCACAAACCCGAAAGCAGACGAACUCCAGCGUCGAAUCAUCCUCUCGCAGUACCACGUUCGCGUGAACAGUGCAGCAACAGGACAGUCGCCCCAGGAGAGCGGAUUGAUGAAUAAUGGGUGGUAUGGCAAAUUUCAUAUGGAGAUGGUGGUAUGGCAUAAUGCACAUUGGGCGACCUGGGGCCGGCAAGAGUUCUUUGAUAAUAUCUUCCCUGAGCUCUAUGAGACUCUUCUUCCUUCUUCGUUAGCGAGAGCGCAGUCGAUGGGAUGGGAGGGCGCUAGGUGGCCCAAGAUGACGGAGACGAAUACAGGUGUUAGUUCGCCUGGGGGUAUCAAUGGGCUUCUACUAUGGCAGCAGCCGCACCCGAUGUACCUCGCUCAACUAGCAUACCAGGCAUCACCAACGAGAAAGACACUGAAACAGUGGGAUCGCGUUUUAACAGCGACAGCAGACUACAUGGCGUCGUAUGCAUGGAAGAAUGAAAGCUCAGGUUACUAUGAUCUGGGACCACCGUCUUAUGGCGUCACAGAGAACACACCUCCAGCCGAAACUCUGAAUCUAGCCUACGAGAUAGCAUACUGGCGGUACGCCCUCGACGUCGCGCGAGACUGGAAAGCGAGACUCGACCAGCCCAUUCCGGAAAAGUGGACAAUCGUCGCUGAGAAUCUCGCACCUCCACCGCAAGUCAAUGGCCUUUACGCUGUUUACGAAGGGCUGAAUAGUUCCUGGUGGGAAGAUUCAGAAUUAACAGGCGAUCCGCGGAGCUUGAUUAUGCUGCAGGGUAUACUCCCCGACACUCCGGCUGUUGAUCCAGGGAUUGCAAAGAAAACAGCAGAUAAGGUGUGGGAGGUUUGGACAGAUGAGAAUAUUCGCGGCUGGGGGCGGCCAGUUCUUGCGAUUAACUCGGCGAGGAUUGGGAAUCCGGAUCCGGCUAUUUAUCAUUUGACGGCGUAUGAUUACUGGGUUUUCGAUGAUGCUGGAUUUGCUGUUCGCGGAGGCGAUGGGGGGACGCCUCCACCGUUCAUGCCUGGUAAUGCAGGAUUUCUACUAGCAGUGGCGUAUAUGGCUGCGGGGUGGAAUGGGUCUGGCCAUGCUCCUGGGUUUCCACAGGACGGAUGGGUGGUAAGGCAUGAGGGGUUACAGAGGGCAUUAUGA